CAACCAAGAGCCUCACCCCCAAAAGGAUAUCCGGACAUUGGCGUAGCCAGGGGGGCAACUGCACCCCCAAAUCCCUAAAAAAUAAUAAAACGGCGAGAUCGGCUUUGCAAGGGUUAAAGGGAACCGAAGAGUCGGACACGACUAAACGACUAAACAACAACAAAGGGAACCGAGCUGCCUUCCUAGAGAGGACAGGAAGCAGGUCAGGUCCUCCAGAGCCAAGGCCCCUCCCCCCCAGUCCUUUCCCGCUUUGGUGUCUCUCCUGCAAGGGCUGCAUCUUUGUCUCCUCCUUCCUGGGAUCUGGAUUUGCUAGAGCUUCUCAUUACAACAGACAGAACUUGGCAGAAGACCAAAGGGUUCCUUCCGAUCUCUUAGAGGCUUCCUGAGAGCACGGAUGGAUGAGCAAGACUCAGCUGGCCCUGGAAUAGGAAGAGGCCAUGCCAUCCAAACUGGGAGCAGUGGGGGAUUCUGGGAAAACCCAGUGCAGAAAAUCCUGGGUGAGGAGGACACCCUCCGCUCAGAGGUGCAGAGCCAGAAGUUGAGGCAGUUCUGCUGCCAGGAGGCCAAAGGACCCCGAGAGGUUUGCAGCCGACUCUACCACUUUUGCCACCAGUGGCUGAAGCCAGAAAGGCACAUGAAAGAUGAGAUGCUGGACCUGGUGAUCUUGGAGCAGUUUCUGGCUGUCCUUCCCUCAGAGAUGGAGAGCUGGGUGAGGGAAUGCGGAGCGGAGACCAGUUCCCAGGUGGUGGCCCUGGCCGAAGGCUUCCUCCUGAGUCAGGCAGAGGAGAGAAAGCAGGGAAAGGAUCAUUUUGCAGAAAUGGACCUGGAUUCCUGUGAGGCAGAGAGGCCUCCGUUGGACACCAGAGAGAGGCCACUGGGUGACAGAAUGAUGCCAGUAAGACCUCCUGAUCCGUCUUUUCAUGGGGGCAGAAGGGAAGCAGCGGCUGUGGAACCAGAUCAGGGUCUAGUGUGCUUUGAAGAUGUCGCUGUUUGUUUCACGGACGAGGAGUGGGCAUUGCUGGAUCCUGACCAGAGAGCUCUGUAUGAGGAGGUCAUGGAGGAGAUUCGUGGGAUUGUGGCCUCUCUUGAUUGUGAUGAAUUGGAAAUCGAGAACAAAGGUAACCAUGACAAAAUCCGCAGAGAGGAGAAGCCACAUAAAAAUUUGGAGUGUGGAGAAAGCUGCAGUCAGAACAGCCAUUCCACUUCCCAUCAACAAAAUCUCAUCGGAAAGAAACUCUAUCAGUGCAUGGAAUGUGGAAAGAGCUUCAGCCAGAGCUCCCAUCUCACUUCCCAUCAGAGAAUUCAUACAGGGGAGAAACCCUAUCAGUGUGUGGAAUGUGGAAAGAGCUUUAGUUACAGCUCCAAUCUCACUUCCCAUCAAAGAAUUCAUACAGGGGAGAAACCAUAUCAGUGUGUGGAAUGUGGAAAGAGCUUUAGUUACAGCUCCAAUCUCACUACCCAUCAAAGAAUUCAUACAGGGGAGAAACCCUAUCAGUGCAUGGAAUGUGGAAAGAGCUUCAGUCAGAGGUCCUCUCUCAAUAACCAUCAAAGAAUUCAUACAGGGGAGAAACCCUAUCAGUGUGUGGAAUGUGGAAAGAGUUUCAGUCAGAGCUUGUCUCUCACUUCCCAUCAAAGAAUUCAUACAGGGGAGAAACCCUAUCAGUGCGCCGAAUGUGGGAAGAGCUUUAGUCACAGCUCCCAUCUCACUAACCAUCAAAGAAUUCAUACAGGGGAGAAACCAUAUCAGUGUGUGGAAUGUGGAAAGAGCUUCAGUCGGAACUCCUCUUUCACUUCCCAUCAAAGAAUUCAUACAGGGGAGAUACCCUAUCAGUGUGUGAAAUGUGGAAAGAGCUUCAAUCAGAUCAACUCUCUCACUUGCCAUCAAAGAAUUCAUGCAGGGGAGAAACCCUAUCAGUGUGUGGAAUGUGGAAAGAGCUUCAGUCAGAGCUCCCAUCUCACUUACCAUCAAAUAAUUCAUACAGGGGAGAAACCCUAUCAGUGUGUGGAAUGUGGAAAGAGCUUCAGUCGGAGCUCCUCUCUCACUUGCCAUCAAAGAAUUCAUACAGGGGAGAAACCCUAUCAGUGUGUGGAAUGUGGAAAGAGCUUCAGUCACAGCUCCAGUCUCACUUCCCAUCAAAGAAUUCAUGCAGGGGAGAAACCAUAUCAGUGUGUGGAAUGUGGAAAGAGCUUCAGUAAGAACUCCUCUCUCACUUCCCAUCAAAGAAUUCAUACAGGGGAGAAACCCUAUCAGUGUGUGGAAUGUGGAAAGAGCUUCAGUCAGAGCUCCAAUCUCAGUUCCCAUAAAAGAAUCCAUACUAAUGUCGGAAAGACCAUUGUACAGCUUUAGGAGCCAGGGAAAUCAGCACCGUUUUAACCAGACCUUUGGAUGAUUGACAUCUAAUGCUCUUUUAAAAUGUGGUAUUUUGUGUUUUUGUGUUGUGUUAUUAUGUUGUAACCUUCCUGAGACCUGUAGGUGUAGGGAAUAGGUAACUCCUAAAGGCGUAAGGGUCUUCCCCCGAAAAAACAGUGUGUGGAAUGUGGAAAGAGCUUUAGUCAGAGCUCCAAACUCACUUCCCAUAACAGAAUCCAUACAAAGGUCGGAAAAACCAGAUUACCAGGUUUUUUUCAAUGAAUCCAGGGACACUCUUUUGCAGCAGUCAAGGGGUUAAAAGACAGUAGCAUCCGGAUUAUUAGUAGGGAGCAUCAUUUUGUAAACAUAUGUAGUUUACAUGGCAACCAGAGUCAGGUUCCUUGGUUAUGGGUGAAGGGUGGGGAGGGGGAAAGAGAAGGGGAAGCAAAAUUAGGAUGGGAUAGUUGGAACUGAGGGAGGUGUGGGUCGGUAGGUGCGUGGGUUCAGGCCCCCCCUUUUCUUUUCUGGGAUUCCUGGAAGCGUCACUGAAAAGGAAGGAAGGAACAAAGGGGGGGGUAGAGAGGGGACAGAGAGUCAGAUCGUCCCAGAAAAAGGCACAUGAGGAAUACAAACGGAUAGAUAAUGAAAGCUAUUAUAAUAUGAACCUCCCCUAUUUUCUGUCUGACACUUUAAGUAGAGAAAAAUGCAAUAGGGAGACUGUGUGGGGAGAGGGUGGAGCCAUGUGGUUGAGUAUUUUUAUUUUUAUUUACAAGUGAGGAGGUGGGAGGAUGGUGUCUCCAUUGGUCGGGCAAUUAAAGCGCCCAGCCUUUAUGACUGCCAUCAGCGAUCCUUUCCUUGCAUCCGCACCCCUCUCAAAUUCGGACGUUUGGGAAGGAACAUCAUAAACCAUAUGCCGGCACCCUCCGCGUCUCCCCUCAGCCCUCGGGGCAAGGUUCCCGCCAAAACACCAAUAAACAAGCGGAAGCAGCAUCAGCAGCAAAUGGAGCAGGCGGAGGAGGAGGAGGGUGGGAGCGGGAGGGGGAAUGUUCCCGCUCGUCUAAUGCAGCCCAGCCGUCCGCACUGGCAACAGCAGCGGCCACAGUGCCUCUUGCCGCUGGCAUCUUUGGCCAUGGACAGAUUGGUAAAACUGGGAACUGUCCCUGGGAACCAGGGACAUCUGAUAACCCUACAUUAUACAGCUUUAGGAGCCAGGCAAAUUGGCACCUUUUUAACCAGGCCUUUGGCUGAUUGACAUCUAAUGCCCUUUUAAAAUGUGUUUUGUGCUUUGAUGUUGUGCUUUGAUGUUGUAACCAUCCUGAGACAUGUAGGUGUAGGGAAUAGGCACCAACUAGGGGUCUUUGCCCCCCGCCCAUAAAAUAUUUGAGAAGGCCACACACACACCUUUUGUGUGUGUUUUUCCAAACGCAACCUUUUAUUCUUCCGCUACUUGCCAUACAAUUUGCCGUCUUAAAAAUAAAAAAAUAAACGCACACAGGAGUGGAAAAAAAGAUAUAACAAAGUUUAUAUGGAAUGGUAAGAGACCAAGAAUAAAGUACCAGCUGCUAACAGACAGGAAAGGGGGAGGGGUUCGCUCUCCCAAAUUUAGAGUUGUACCAUGCGGCAGCGGGCAUAGUCUGGUUAAAGGAAUGGGUAACUUUGAAAAAUCCAGAAAUAUUAGACCUGGAAGGAGUGGAAAAUCGAUUUGGCUGGCACUCUUACCUACUUUUACGAUAAGGUUAAGGUCCACAAGGGUUUCCUGAACCACUUAGUAAGAAAAUCAUUAUACCUGAUCUGGGUAAAAUACAAAUUUUGGAACCCAGGAUCCCUUUGUGGACAUCAUCAACAAACGUUAUAACAGUUAAGACACUAAAUAUGGAGAUAAAGAUCGCCACCUAUCAGGACUUAUUGGAAAAGAAACAAAAUGAGCUAAUAUUGAAAAAAUAUGAAGAGAGAAAAUAAUACCUUUCGGACUGGCUACAAUACUUUCAAAUCAAUCAUAGGUUUAAUCAGGAUAAAAAAAUGGGCAUUUCAAAGGAAAAAUCAAAAUUUGAAAAAGAACUAAUACUGAGUGAUGGGAAGUACAUUUCACGUAUUUCACAUAUUUAUGACCUGCUGUUGGAAUGGGAACUCAAAGAGGAGCAGGUUAAACCAGUAAUGGUGAAGUGGGCCCAAGACCUUGGCUACAAUGUCCUGAUGGAGCAAUGGGAAAGACUGUGGAGGGUAGAUUUAAAGUUUACCGCCUGUUAUAACUUAAUAGAAAACAUCUUUAAAAUGAUGCACAGGUGGUACCAAACACCAGAAAAGUUAGCCAAGAAGUAUAAAAAUAAAUAUUCUAUGUGCUGGAAAAAGGGUCUCUAAUACAUAUGUGGUGGAAUUGUCCGGAAAUAUGUAGGUACUGGAAUAACAUCUAUGAAGAUCUUUUAAAAAUGUUAAAAUGCACAUUUAGAAAAAGACCGGAAAUGUUUUUAUUAAAUAUAAUACCAGAGGAUAUUAAAACCACAAAAAGAAUAUUGUUAUUGUAUGGAAUUGUAGCGGCAAGAGUCCUGGUCGCCAGAAAUUGGGAAAACAAAAAUGCACCCAGCAUAAUGGAUUGGCAAACUUUAAUGAUAGAAUAUUUACAGUUAGCAAAAACCACUGGAAGAAUAAGAGGACAAACGAAACAAAAAAACACAGAAGGAAUGGAGGAUGUUUGAUGAGUAUUUAAAUAGUAGUGGUAUACCCAGAAUCCUAAUGGCAGACUAAAGUUGAACCUGACUUUCUUAAGGGGGGGGCGAAUGUAGAUGUAAAUUCAGAAUUGUGUGAUAAAAUAAGGUUAAUAUGUAGAUUACAGAGAGAAUAAUUGGAAGUUAUCACAAAGAAGGUGUGGAUUGUACAUAUAGAGAGAUGUAAUUGUUUUCUUUUUGUCUUUUUUUGUAUACAGAUUGUUUGUUUGUUUUCUAUAUUAGUAUCUUUCCUUCCCCCUUCUUUUUUUCUCUCUUUUUCUUUUUUUUCUUUUAUUCUUUCCUUUUCUAUUUUCUUUUUGUAAAAUGUUAUGAGAGAGAAGAAUAUGAAAUAUAUGCAUGUUGUACGUCUAUGUUUCUAAAGAAAGAAAUUAAUAAAACUUAUUGUUUUAAACA